UGAGCCGUUGGGAUCGACUGAUGAUAUUCGGCGCAUGCAACUUGGCGGCACUCGCCUGCUUCGUCAUCUGCUUUGCGCUCUUUCCGGUCUUGUCGCUACGCCCAACCAAGUUUGUCAUAUUAUGGACUCUCGGUUCCAUCUUCUUCCUCGCCUCCUUUGCGGCCAUGAUGGGGCCUAUGGCCUACGUUCGGCAUCUUGGGUCUGCGGAGCGUCUUCCCUUCACCAGCGCCUAUUUUGGGUCUCUGGGCCUUUCUCUGUACUUCUCGCUCGGCCUUCGCAGCACGAUUUUGACCCUAAUUUCUGCCAUCGUGCAGUUGGCUUGCCUCAUCUGGUAUCUCGUCAGCUACUUCCCCAUGGGAUCCAGCGGCAUCCGCCUCGCAACGACCUUUGGUGCUCGACGAGCUGCGGCGUGGGUGUCGGGCUGAUGGGCAUGUUCCGCACACUUGAAUUUCAUGGCGCAAAUGUACUACCAACCACCUCAUACUCGGAGAAUACUCUCUGUACGACGCAACAAAGAGACUUUCAGUGGAUGGAAGACCUCGGGCAUGAUCAAUGUAUCCUAGUAACGAAUAUCACUCGGGCCUUUGUAUUCUU